AUGACCCAGUCUCUACAGCAGCUUCCAACAGGCUAUCAGCCCGAACAGUCAAGUGAGUCGAGCAAGCUGCCCCACGAGUGCGGGAGAGGCCCUAACAACUGCAACGUCAGAUCCAAGGUGACCAACAGAAGCACCAGCAACCGCUACGUCGAGCACGAGGUGACCGACAAGAGCGGCAAGUACAGCUAG